UGGACAGCAGGAAGGGGAUUUGAAUGGGAAGCUCCGUGGCCAGAGCUGAGGCCGGGAUCUGGAGCAAAGGGCGGCUCGGGGGCAGGAGGUGGCUCCCGGGGCAGGGCAUGGGGGGGCUUACUCCGGGGUCGACGCUCCUCCAGCCUCACGAAACGGGGUGUCCCAGGUCGGGGAAAACUGAAACUACCCCCGGUGUCCCGAUCCGGGACAGCGGUGUAAGGGCCGCAGCUCUCGCGGCCCCGAAGUCAGGAGGUCGGCACAGAGGGGGAGGAGGCCCGGUCGCUCCACUGCCCGCAGCAAGCACUGGGGUCUCGGUCCGAGACACCCCCUCCCCCGGCUCCGGACGCCGCCGCCACCGAGCAGUUACAUCCCCCGAGCUCCGCCGAGGGAGCCUGCUGUUCGCGGUCUGCAGGGGCCGUGGACCACCGAGAGGCUCGGCCGUCGCAAGACGUGAACCCAGCUCCGGCUCCGGCGCCGCUCAGGGACAGACACCGACCCCCACGGCCGCCAUGAUGGAUUACGAGCCUCUCCACAACGAGGCCAGGCCCCGCCCCCUGCCCCGCCCCCGCGACGUCCGGAGCCCGCCUCUUGGGGGCCCAGGGCACCCCCGGAGCCUGUUUCACGGGAUGCCGCCGCACCUGCGGACUUCGAAGUCACCUCCAGAACAGCUCGACCCCCCACGACCUUUUUUGUGCGGCUUUUCAGAGCGCAAGGUGAGCUGUAAGGAAGCGCCCGCCUCCCCUGCACCACUAUUGGUCGCUGGGAAUCCGGAUCAGGCCGCUGUUCCCCCUCCCAUAGGACGAGGCGAGCAGCAGGGCAAGAGCUGCCAGCCAACCGUAUUCGGCUCCGCCGCGAGGCGUACCGGGAGCUGUGGUCCGCGGCGCGCCGGGUCCCGGCUCCGGAGCGCCAGCCCCGCCCUCCUGGGAGCCGGGGGAUUCUCGCCGCAGCCGGCCAGUGCCUUCUCUGGGCGAGCAGUGAGACUGGCGGAGAGCCAGAGCGAAGGGAAACUGUGGAUUGGAUUUUCCAAGACCUGGAGUUGGAUUACUUCCUUGACCUUAUUGGAGAAAAUUUGGCCUGCUCCCAGAAACCGGCUUAAGUACUGGACCUAUGAGGACACAGAAAGCAGUCCUAGAGGUUGAACCCAGAACCUCAGGAUGCCGGGCAGGCACUGUAUGCUGAGCUACAUCCCUACUGAGACGUCUGCGUGCUCUCCUCUCUGCUUUAGCAUAAAAUUGGACAAUCCAAUCAGAGCUCAUUCUAACACGCACUUCUUGUGCUGGGAUACAACCAUGGGGCAAAGAUGCUUCCUCCUCAAGGAGCAGCUGUGGAGAAAGGGACAAGUUGUACACAGGUAACCUUCCAAAGACCCAUCCGUUGGAAAUGGACUUCUGGACCCAUAAGCUUUCCCCUCAGCCCAACAGCCCUCCAAAGGACUGCUUUAUGCCCGAGAGCUUCAGUCGGCUCCUGACGCACUGGUGUGCACAGGCUCGCGCCAGCCGCCUCACUGUUUGCUGGACCUACAAGAAGGCUCAUGGCUGCUCACUUUCUUAGGCCAUCAUGAGGAUCAAACUAGGCUUGUUCUUAACCGAAAGGCUGAGAAGCCUUGAUGAGGCUCAAACUAGCCUGGUUUUCCAUGAAGAAUGAGACAUGCAGUCCAUGCAGAGGUCAACUGUAUCAGACCUAAAGGCCCAUCUCUAAUCUCCAGUUUUCGCUUCUGUUGUUCCCUAGGCCUAGGUGACUCCCAAGCCCAGACUAUUUUUUCCAAAGAGAUGCAGCAAACGUUUUAAAUCCCUGUACAACACUGGAGAAUACUUUGAAGACUUAAAAAUGGAAUCUGAAGCAUAGAAAUGCUGAUAGCAUGUUACCCAAAUCUUUAAAACUCAUAUACUUUUAUUAAGUGAUUUGGUUUGGUCUACUUGUGUUCUCAUUUUAAAAAUCAAAGGUCAGUACAAACACCUACUGCAAUUACUGAACAAGGGCGCCCUCUAGUGGACCUGCAGUCACAAAAGAUGCUUUCAGAUCUCAUUCCCAUCACUGAUCACCACUCUGCAGACACUGAACAAAGGGUGUACGCUGGCAGCAUGGGAGAAGCCAAGCGAGGACGACACCGCCGGCUCAGGCUCCUGCUCUCUCAUUUCCUUCUGCCAGCAGAUAUACAACCUGGAAACCUUUUCAAGAAUGACAGGGGAGCCAACCUCCAGUUGUAGAAGAAUGUACUGUUACCAGCAAAUUCCUCAACAAGUGCUUUGAUAAAACCAAAGUGAAGAAAGAAGUUGUCUAUUGGUUUAUGUUACAUAAAGAAACAUGCCAUUUAAAGACAGCCAAA